AUGCUUCCAAGACCAUCUGGCUCGCUGCUCUCCGCCUCCCGCAAGACGGGCAUCUCGCUCGCGCUGAGCGGCAACUCGGGGCAGCCGGGCAGCAUCUCGCUGCAUGACCGGCUCUCGUCGCGCUCGCGGGUGACGAAUCUAGGCAUCGUGCUGCUGCUUGGGUUCGCCUCGCUCUCGGCGCUCCUCAACCUGCGAUACAUGAUCUUUGGUGCACAUGGCUCAGGUCAGGCACCACCUCCGCCCGGGUUCGCCAGCUGGGCCACCUUCCAUGGCUACACACCCGACAGCCUCAAGGAGGUCGUCCCAGCACCGCGCAACGGCACCUCGAACCUCAACCACCUCGUCCUCGUGCCCGGUCACGCUGUGUGGGCGGGCUGCGACGUCCGGCAACGGGACAAUGACGAAAACUGGAUCCUCGAAGACUAUCAGCGCGGAGGGAGCGUCAAGACGUUCUUCAAGCACAUCGAAAAGGGCGUCCAGAUCGCCAACAGCGACCCGCAGGCACUCGUCGUCUUCAGCGGCGGCCAGACCAGGCCCUCGUCGCUGCAGACCGAGGCCGAGUCCUACUUCUCCCUCGCAGUGGCCGCAGACCUCGAGCUGCCCGUCAUCGCCGGCAGCCUCUUGGAGUCGGACCUCAACGGCGGCAAGUCUUCGCCCGCAUCCUCGUCCACGUCCAACAGCGGCGUCCAGGGCAGCAAGACGACGGUCGGCAGCCUGGCGCACGCCAACGCCGCGGUGGCCACCCGCCACGGGCUGCAGGAUGUGCGCAUGACGACGGAGAACUUUGCGCUCGACAGCUUCGAGAACCUGCUCUUCUCCAUUGCCCGCUUCCGCGAGUACACGGGCUUCUACCCGGAGCGCAUCACCGUGGUCGGGUACGGGUUCAAGAAGGAUCGCUUCGAGCAGCUGCACGCCAAGGCGGUGCGGUGGCCCACCAAGGCGUACGUCGGCGGAGGCGGAGGGCCCACGUUCCAGUACGUCGGCAUCGACGACGAGGGCGACGACAUUGAGCUGCAGUACAAGGGCGAGAAAGUCAAGGCGUUCUCACUCUUCGACAAGGACAUGUAUGGGUGCCACAAUGCGCUCAAGGCCAAGCGGAUCCAGCGCAACCCGACACGUCGUUUCCACCCCUACUUCUCCUCGGCGCCCGAGAUUGCAGACCUGCUCAACUGGUGCCCCGCCGACAUGUCCGGCCUGCAGGGCAUCUACCCGCACAACCUGCCGUGGGACCUCCGCGUCACCGGUUCCGGCUGGGGCAGGGGCGCGCUCGCCGUCAAGGCUAGCGGCAAGAAGGGCUUCCUUCCCGACAGCAGGUGGCUGCAGAUCGGCAGGGAGGGCCACUGA